GGGUGUUUCCUGUAUGGAGGUCUCUUCUUGAGGAGUGCUCUAUAGCUAGAGGUUCUCAUUACCAGUUGGGAGCGGCAAUCCAACAAUUGAAGACAUCUUUUUCAGGGUGGAGUUUCAGUAUCUUCAUGUCAAUGAAGAGCAGGAUACCUCUCAUUCUUCUAGCUUGUGGCUCCUUUAACCCCAUCACAAAUAUGCAUAUGCGUUUAUUUGAGCUGGCUAGAGACCACCUGCAUCAAACAGGAAGAUACCGAGUGAUUGAAGGCAUAAUGUCUCCUGUCAGUGAUGACUACAGAAAGAAAGGCUUGGUUUCAGCAAGGCAUCGGAUAGCAAUGGCCAAACUAGCACUGGAGACGUCUGACUGGAUUCGAGUUGAUCCAUGGGAGACUGAGCAGGAGUCAUGGACAGAGACGGUAAAAGUGUUAAGGCACCAUUACAAUGAGUCAGUCAGACUGCUCCAGUCCAGGAAGGAAAUCAUGAAAAGCAUACAGCCCACAGAAAGAUCUACAGAGAAUUCCCUUUCUUCCCAGUACUCAGUUCUACCAGAACUAAAGCUGCUCUGUGGGGCUGAUUUUCUACAGACAUUCCAGACACCCAAUCUCUGGAAGAAAGAGCACCUCCAAGAAAUCGUAGAACAGUUUGGUUUGGUCUGUAUAAGCCGUGCUGGCUCUGAUCCUGCUCAGUAUAUCAAUGAAUCUGAACUUCUAACUAAAUGUCAGCACAACAUCUUUCUAGUGAAAGAAUGGAUUCAGAAUGAAAUCAGUUCAACGCAGAUACGCUAUGCCUUGCGCAGAGGAUUAAGUGUAAAAUACCUCAUACCAGAUUCUGUCAUAGCCUACAUUGCUUACCAUAAUAUCUACACAGAAGAAAGUGAACGGAAGAAUGAAGGUGAUUUGCUUCAGCCUCUGAAGUUGCACAACACGGUGGUGACCUCUUUUGAAUGAUAUGGGAAGGUAUUACCAAACAAAAGAAACCAAAACAUUCUUAGUUCUAGUUUGAAUAUAAACAUCAAGUUACAGUAAGUCAUUCUUUUCAAAAAUGUUACUGACCCUAGGUACAUCUCUUUGUAAAGAAAACCAUUAAUUCAGCAUAAUAUUUCAGUAAGCAAGUAAGAUGGAAAAAAAUACAGGUCUUGUGCCAAAAUAGAGGUGUACUUUGAUAAUAAUGGUAUGGAGCUCAACCUGUACCAUUUGAAAAGACAUGAUAGAAAACAUGAAAUAUGUAAGAGACCGUCUUAGUAUUUGAAUGCAAAUGCUAGCCAGAGAAAUCCAUUCUCUUGCAUGUGGGUUGCGUAACUUGAUUCUGUCUCACUCACUUUUUAACAGGAUGCCUCCAGCUAUCCUGUGAGUUAACGGCAAGCUCUGGAGGGUUGCUCUACCUUUGAUUUUCUUAUACUCGGGACAGAGGAAGGAGAACAGCCAAAAACCUGACUGUAGGUCUCAGGUGUAGCUUCUUAUUUUAAUUUUUAAACAGGACUGCAUAAAACCAUGGUAUACUAGAAGAUUCAACAGAUGUGGAAAACUAGCUACUCGCUUGUCUGAAAGUGAAUGGCUGCUACUACUUCACACUGUGAAUGAGUGCUAGCAUUUGACACUUCCUAUAGUGCUGCUAACAUGCAAAUUGUUUUCUAACCUAAAAGUACACAUUUGGCUCAGAGUUAAUAAAAUGUAGAUGUAAAUGUUGCUGUAAGAAAAAUAGCAAACUUGCUAAAACCUGACAAAGAAAUCCUUCAGAAUGGAGAUCAUAUGAUUAUUAAAACGCUAAGCACUUUUAGAAACUACAUCAUGGAAUUUGAUGUAGGAAAG